GUUCCAAAUUAUAGUCACAAAGUUUUUAUUUUAAAUGAUAUAACACAUGGAAGUGACAGUUUCAUAACCUCAAAUUGGACAACUUUUAGUGACAAUGGAUGAACAGAAAACACCGCUAGAUCAAUGUAAUCAUUUUGUAAUUCGAAAAAAGAGGUACUGUAGAAUGACUGUUAAACCCGGCGAGACAUACUGUGGCGAACACCAGCCUGCGACCGAGGGAGUCCGGGAGCCUUCAGAAGACAAAAAAAUUAGAGUGGUUUGCCCCCUAGACCGAAAACACACGUGUUACGCCCACAAUCUCAAGAAACAUUUAAAAAUUUGUAACGCACGUCCGGGGGUGGCUUUACCCUACAUUGAAAAGGGUGUAAAUUCAGGUGAAGUUGACUAUAAUUGUGACGACUCACACAAGUUGUUGUCGGAAUUUUCACCCCAACAAAUAACGGAGGUGGUGGCGAAAGUGAACAAAAUCUAUGAAGAGGGUCUUGUGGACAAAGUUACAACUAAAACUACCACACAUAGGGUGGUUGAAGACGAAAUCGCGAAACCCGAACACGGCGAUAAAAGCCGAAAACACCUAAAACAAGCAUCAGCUGUGUUAGGUUUGUUGUCUGAGUACGAUUUACUGCGCCCUGAUACAUGUUUUAUCGAGUUCGGGGCCGGCCGAGGACAGUUAAGCUAUUGGCUCGCCCAAACCGUCGAUUCGUCCAACUGCUACUUUCUUUUGGUUGAAAGAUCCUCUCCUAAACACAAACGUGACAACAAACUCGACAAAACCGACGACAAAGUCCAGAGGAUUAGAGCAGACAUUGCAGACUUGGUUUUGAGUAAAGUAGAGACGGUGACGAAGAGCUCGCAAAUUGUUGCAGUCACCAAACACCUAUGUGGCGAUGCCACCGAUUUGGCGCUACGAUGUUUGACGAAUGUUGCCGAUCGGUCGAAAGUCGCGGGCUGUGUGAUGACGUUUUGUUGUCACCAUAGAUGUCGCUGGGGAGCGUACAUUGGAAAACAGUAUUUUAGCAGCGUAGGACUGUGCAAAAGCGAUUUUGAUAUGAUGGGUGGGAUGAGCAGUUGGGCUACGUGUGGAACGGGGUUUAGUAGAGAGAAAAACUGCGAAAAGGGUGGGGAUGUGGAGAUUGUGAAUGAGAGAGAUAGGGAAAUAGGGCUGAAUCGGGCGCAGAAAGGGGAGAUUGGGAAGAGAUGUAAGGCUAUUUUGAACUGGGGACGGCUACAAUUUUUGGAAGGGUUGGGGUUUCAGUGUAAUUUGCACUUUUAUGUUGGUAGUGAUGUGUCCUUGGAGAACGUUUGUAUUGUAGGGCGCAGAACGCACCCAGAUAAAGCUUGAUUGGAUGUAAUAAAGAAGUUAAAAACUU